AUGAAUACUUUCAGAACGAUUCUUUCGUCGUCCAGCAAGCAAAUGGCGGUUCCGCAAUGGUGUAAGAGUGCUCGCAACGGCGCCUGGGUCCCGGGCAUCCGCCUCACUCACCAACGUUCUUCCUCAAACCCAACAAAACUCUUUCGCAGAAACUCAACAAUUCAUCUUCUGGGCACCAUGCACAUAGCAGAAGCGUCCGCCGUUGCCGCACGUCACCUCAUCCAACACGAGCACGCCAAAGGCACCCUCGGUGGCGUAUUUCUCGAGCUCGACUCUCCGCGGUUUCAAAGACUUCGGGACUUGCAGAACCAGCAAGCCGACGAAUCCAUGUUUUCUCACGCCAUGUCAAUUCUAUCACGACCGUCGCAAAACCCUGUCGCGUCAAUUGUCGAGCUCGCCUUCACGACCAUGUACAGAACGCUUCAUCGACUGGGGUUUGGAAGCGGUGUUGAAUUUAAGGCAGCGAUUGAGGUUGCCGAACGGCACAAUAUCCCUAUCGUGCUCGGAGAUCAGCACGUGCAGACUACUUUGAGGAGGCUUGCCGAUGGUUUUGGUAAAGACUUUGAUCUGCCCCGUUUGAUGUCCAUCGUCUUGUCCCAGGCGUCAAAGACCGCUCGCCCUGAAACGGAUACAGAGAGGAAGAUUCGUCUAGCGUUUCAGUCAAUCGCCCAGGGUGAUGUUACGCAAGCGCAAGAACGGCUUGCAAAGCUCAUCGAUCAAGAAAGCGUGCGUGAGAUCAUGCGGCCAAUGCAAAAAUAUGCUCCCAAUGUGACAAAUGCUAUUUUGCACGAACGAGAUGUAGUUAUGGCCGAAAACCUCAUAUCUGCGGCUGAUAACUUGCCCCCAGGCAAGAACAGUAUAGUCGCAAUUGUUGGCCUGGCACACAUGGACGGAAUAUGUAGCGAAUGGCAAAAGAGAAACAUGAUCAAAGAGUAUCAGUCAUCAGAUCGCAGUUGA